GUGGAAUGGCAACCUACCCAGAGGAGGCCGAGCUUGAAGCUGAGUCCUAUAGGACCACAACCUAUGACUAUGUGUUUGCACUGCCUUGUUUCAAAAUCAGCAUCCGGGAUCUGGGGGCCCAGUUCCUGCCCCCAUUGUAUUCCCUGGUGUUCAUUGUUGGCCUCCUGGGAAAUGUGGUGGUGAUAGUGAUCCUCGCAAAGUACAGGAGGCUCAGGAUCAUGACCAACAUCUACCUGCUCAACUUGGCCAUUUCUGACCUGCUCUUCCUCCUCACGCUUCCCUUCUGGAUUCACUAUGUUAUGUGGAAUAACUGGAUGUUUGGCCAUUUCAUGUGUAAGCUCAUCUCCGGGCUCUACUACUUGGGCUUGUACAGUGAGGUCUUCUUCAUUAUCCUGCUGACCAUCGACAGGUACCUGGCGAUUGUCCAUGCUGUGUUUGCCCUGCGAGCCCGGACUGUGACUUUUGGUGUCAUAACCAGUGUCAUCACCUGGGGUCUGGCGGGGCUAGCCGCCCUCCCUGAGUUCAUCUUCCAGGGGACCCAGGGGGACUUCGAAGAAUUUUUCUGUGGCCCUGCUUACCCAGAGAAUGAAGAAGACCACUGGAAGCGUUUCCAAGCUCUCAGGAUGAACAUUUUUGCCCUCGCACUUCCUCUGCUCCUUAUGAUUGUCUGCUACACAGGAAUCAUUAAAACACUGAUGAGAUGUCCCAAUAAAAAGAAGUACAAGGCCAUGCGGCUCAUUUUUGUCAUUAUGGUGGUCUUUUUUGUUUUCUGGGCACCUUACAACCUGGUGCUCCUUCUCUCUGCCUUUCAAGUGAGCUUGUUGAACGACUGUGAGAAGAGCAAACAGCUGGACGUGGCCAUGCAGGUGACAGAGGUGAUCGCCCACACACACUGCUGCGUCAACCCCGUCAUCUAUGCCUUCGUGGGUGAGAGGUUCCAGAAGUACCUACGCCACUUUUUCCACAGGCAUGUGGCUGUGCACUUGAGCAAGUAUAUCCCCUUCCUCCCUAGUGAGAAACUGGAGAGGAGCAGCUCCAUCUCCCCAUCUUCAGGGGACCCAGAACUCUCUGUUGUGUUUUAG